GUUUACAAGCUUUUGUUUAAAUAAUGACCAUGUAAAUUACAAUAUACUUACAUUUUCACCACAUUACAUAUAAUUCUGUUCAUUCUGUUCUUAGGUGACGUGAGCUUCGAGACGACGAUCGUCGUCACCUCUGACGUAACAGUAGCAAUGACAGAGGAAUGGAGCACAAAAACAACACCAACUAAAAUUGUGACAUCUUCAGCAUCUUCACCUCUAGAGGGCUCCCUAUCACCAUCCACACCACUAGACCAGGUUCCAAGGUUCACUAGCCAACCAGUAGACGUCUCUGUGCUAUCUGAAAUCUUAGCAACAACUACAGCAGUCUUCACAGAGUCUUACAUUUCAACUGUUGCUGAAGAACCCGAAGGUAGUGUUCGUGUGGAAACUUCAUCCCAACUCCAGCAGAGUUUACCGAUAUUCAGCACUGCAGAAGGAUUUACUGGUAUGUUCACACCAAGUGAUAUUUGGGCCACCAGUACAGCAGCUGGCAUGGAACAAUACACCACAACUGUGUAUCAAAACCCUGAGGACAGCAAGAGUGUGGACGUGACAGUAGCAUCUGAAAUUGUUUCAUCAACAGCAUUUGUUGGUAGUAUAUUGACGAGGAGUCAUUCCUCUUUUGAGAGCAACUUGAAACCAAGCUCUUCAUUACUUAGCCAAAGAACAGAUUUCGUAACAGAAUGGAGUGUUGUGGAGGAGACACUAGUUAGUACUCUCCUUGAUAUUUCACAAGACAGCCCCCAGACAGAUCUUCCAGAAAGUGCUAGAACAAUCUUGCCUAGUAGAACAAAGACAGUGGUGCCAUCUACUCUAUUUCUAAGUCUUCCAGAUAGUUUGCAACCUACGUCUGCCUACAUGCCUGUUACAGAGACAUUUUCCGAAGGCUAUUCUGCGACCCCACCUCUACUCGAUGAGACAUUGAUAGUCACAAGUGACAUCGUUGUGACUUUGCUGACAACCCCUUCAGAAGGACCAACAUCUGAAAGCGGAGGUAUAUCAAGAACACCUGCACUUCCACAGUCAGUGUCUACAGUACAAGGUGUAUCUUUCCAAUCGAGCGUUGCCCCUGAGAGCGAAAUUACACCUUCGAGCACCGUACUGCUGUCAUCAAUAAUGUAUCUCACUGAAACAAGUGAUCUUUUAGCCUCCGAUGUAGCAACAAAAUUGAUUUUAUCGACGGACAAUUCAAAUUCUGUUGGAUACAUAUCUACUAAUGUAAUAGAAACAGUUACAGCAGCAAUUACAAGUGAUAUGGUCUAUACUUCUUGGAUCUCUCCUUCGUUUGGUUUUCCUUCAAGUCGGCCAAUGGUGAGUUCUAUUCCUACAUCUACGAUUGUGGUUCCAUCGAUACAGUCCAGCACCGUCCCUUCUGUUAUUUUCACUGAAGAAAUCACUUCUGAAAUAUUUUCUACUAUAAAUUCUGGAAUAACACCUGAACAGACUCUCUCAACGCGAUUCGUUGGCUCUGAGAUGUCAACCCUAUUUGAGGAACUCACACCAACACCAACGUUAACAUCUGAGAACAGUUAUUCUCCAGUGAUAUCUUCAAGCAGACGGGAAUGGGACACGGAAGUUUCAUGGCUCACUUCUGAAGUUUUGGAGACGUUAGUGAUAUCCAGUGAGACACUAAUGGCAUCAGAUACCUUUGCUUUUUCCAGAGGAUCUCCAUCGAUACAGUCCAGCACUAUCCCUUCUGCCCUCUUCGGGACUGAAGAUAUCACUUCUGAAAUAUUUUCUACCAUACAUUUUGAAAUAACACCUGCGCAGACUCACUCAACACGAUUAGUUGGCUCUGAGAUUUCAACCCUCUUUGAGGAACUCACACCAACACCAUCGUUAACAUCAGAGAACAGCGUGCCAAGAAGUAUAUCUACAGUGAUAUCUUCAAGCAGACGGGAAUGGGACACGGAUAUUUCAUGGCUCACUUCUGAAGUCAUGGAGACAUUAGUGAUAUCCAGUGAGACACCAAUAGCAUCGGAUACCUUUGCUUUUUCUAGAGGAUCUCCAUCGAUACAGUCCAGCACCAACCCUUCUGUCAUCUUCGGGACUGAAGAAAUCUCUUCUGAAAUAUUUUCUACUAUAAAUUCCGGAAUAACACCUGAACAGACUCACUCAACGCGAUUAGUUGGCUCUGAGAUGUCAACCCUAUUUGAGGGACACACACCGACAUCAUCGUUAACAUCAGAGAACAGCGUGCCAAGAAGUAUUUCUACAGUGAUACCUUCAAGCAGACGGGAAUGGGACACAGAGGUUUCAUGGCUCACUUCUGAAGUCUUUGAGACGUUAGUGAUAUCGAGUGACAAAAUAAUGGCAUCAGACACCUUUACUUUUUCCAGAAGAUCUCCCGAUUUUAUCAUCUCCACCUCUAACCGUGGAAAGUACUUUGCCCCUCCCAACAGUUCUCCCUUCACCAGUGACAUCGCAACCAGACUUAAACUUCAAAUCAACGUUUGGUUACAGUGA